AUCAAAACUGAAAAAAUAUCAGCGAAUAAAUCCCAUAUAUAAUAUAACAUUUUUGUGGCCACUUUUUUUCAAGAAUUCAUGCACGAUUGGAAUGUGUGCAGAAAUUACACCACUGUCCAUACCGUGUCUUUAUAUAGUAAUCAUUCUAGCUAUCCACAGCACAACUACUCCUAAGGCAGAAAGCCAAAGCAAAGGAGACCCUCUCUACCCCUUUCAUAAUGGGUUAUGAUGUUGGGAUUUUCAUGGUAGCUUUGACAGUACUUGUCGUUUCAAAGAUUUGGCGACUAGUAAAGAUUUCAAUCUGGAAACCAUAUGCCUUGACUAGAAGCUUCCGAAGACAAGGAGUAAGUGGGCCACCUUACUAUCUCUUCUCUGGAUCUCUAAACGACUGGAAAAGGUUGAAGAUGGAUGCCACUCAAACUGUUUUGGAUACAAACUCAAACGACAUCACUCCCAGAGUUUUGCCUCACUACCACAAAUGGUGCCAGCAAUAUGGAGAAACAAUUCUUUAUUGGUACGGAACAAGACCGGUAGUUUGCAUUGCUGACCCUGAACUGACCAAGCAAGUACUGUCAAAUAAAUUUGGUUUCUAUGUGAAACCCAAGUGUAGUCCUGCAAUAGAAGCAUUGACAGGAAAAGGAGUAGCUAUCGUCAAUGGCCAGGAAUGGGUUACGCGUAGAAGGAUUGUCAAUCCAGCUUUCUCAGUCGAUAAGCUUAAGGUUAUGGUGAAGAGAAUGGCACCAUGUAUUGUAUCCAUGCUUGAUGAAUGGAGAAACCAGGUUAAUGCAGCUGAGGAUCAAAGUAAGACGAUAGAAAUCAACGAGGAAUUUCGAAAGCUCACUUCAGAUAUUAUAGCCCAUACUGCGUUUGGUAGUAGCUAUUCUCGAGGGAAAGAAGCCUUUGAAGCACAAAAUGAGCUUCAACAUUAUUGUGCAGCUUCAGUUCUUGAUGUUUUGGUUCCUGGCAGCCAUUAUCUCCCAACUGCAUCGAACCGUCAGCUAUGGAAGUUAGAUAGAAAAAUAAGGAAUUCUCUGAGGCAAAUUAUAAAGAGCAGGCUGGAUUCUGCCAGUUCAGACUGCAAUUAUGGAGAUGAUCUACUUGGUUUGAUGAUAGAAGCAUCAGAAACGGAUCAAAACAAAGAUGGCUUAAAGUUAAACAUGGAUGAUAUUGUGGAGGAGUGCAAAACAUUCUUUUUUGCAGGACAUGAAACCUCCUCCAAUGUGCUAACUUGGACUAUCUUCUUAUUAAGCAUACAUCAAGACUGGCAAACAAAACUCAGACAAGAGGUUUUAGAAGAAUGCGGGUCAAAAAUUCCUGAUUCAGACAUGUUAGCCAGAUUAAAAUUGGUACACAUGGUUCUGCUAGAGGUCUUAAGGCUAUACUGUCCAGUAGUAGAAACGUUCAGAGAAGCAACAAAAGACAUGAAAUUGGGGGAUUUGAUGAUUCCGAAGGAAUCGUGGGUAUGCAUUCCCAUUACAGAACUCCACAGAAGCAAAAAAUACUGGGGGCAGGAUGCAAACGAGUUUAAUCCAAGUAGGUUUGCGAAUGGGAUCUCUAAGGCUGCAAAACACCCAAAUGCUUUUAUUGCCUUUGGAAUGGGUCCAAGAACUUGUGUUGGUCAGAAUUUCGCUAUGCUAGAAGUAAAAACUGUUAUUGCUAUGAUUUUGCAGAGGUUUUCCUUCUCCAUCUCCCCUGACUACAAACAUGCACCAAUAGACAACAUAGCUCUGCAGCCACAAUUUGGCAUCCCCAUCAUAUUCAAGACUUCGCCUUCCGGGAACAUAUAGCUGCUCUAAAAUGGCAUAUUGUCCACUAGAAUAAUUCUCGCCUCUACUCUCUGUGCAAGGCAAGAAUCUUUAUCACUGGUCAAGGAUCCCUUCAUGCAUUAUCCUACAUAUCAAGAAAAAUCUAUUCUGGCUUCAAAAGAUGUGAUGUUUGGAUGAAAAAAAUAACAAUAUUACUAUCUCGCUAAUUUAAAUCAAUGCUGUGUUCUCCCAA